AUGACAAUAAUCGAUCUUCAGAAAGAUCUCUCAGGGCUCUUCUCCCAGCAAGUGCGUGCUACUCCAGAUGCCGUCGCCUUGGAAGAUGACACAAUCACCUAUACAUAUGGCGAGUUAGACACCAAGACCAAUGCUCUUGCCCAACGUCUCUUGAGCUUCGGCGUUGAAACAGAUCGGUUGGUGGGUGUGCUUCUGCCCCGAAGCGCUAAGUACGUGAUCGCAUGCUUGGCUGCCCUUCGUGCGGGAGGUGCAUUUCUCGUACUGGAAACUGCAUAUCCGCCCGAUUUGCUGGCCGAUGUCAUUGAUGACAGCAAGCCGGCUGUUAUAAUCACUUGUAAAAGCGAAGCCGUCAAGAUCAAGGCUGAUGUUCCGCUUCUCAUCCUUGAUGAAAUAAACGAGGCUAGCGAAAUUGACGUAGACUUGCCUGUACUAGAUGAAAAUGACCUGGAAAAGCUCGCUUUUGUGUCCUACUCUUCAGGAACUACUGGCAAACCGAAAGGAAUUGCCAACCCGCACCGGGCCGCAGUCAACUCUUAUAACCUGAGAUUUGAGAUCCAGGAUGUGAAGCCAGGCGAUCGUGUGGCCUGUAAUGUCUUUUUCAUCUGGGAGAUUCUCCGCCCAUUGAUCCGCGGUGCGACUGUCGUUGCCGUGCCCGACGAUGUGAGCUAUGAUCCAGCUGCUCUUGUCGAGCUCCUUGCUGCUAAGCGUAUCACCGAGACUCUUAUGACACCGACGCUGCUGGCUACUAUCCUUUCCCGUCAUGCCCAGAUCGGCUCUCGUCUUCCGGACCUGCGAACUCUGUGGUUUAACGGCGAGGUGGUGACUACUGAUCUUGUCCGCCGGGCGAUCAAGGCCCUUCCAAAUACUCGUCUGCUCAACUGCUAUAGUACGUGUGAAGCACACGAGAUAGCGUGUGGUGACCUUCGAGACAUAUUUGACGAGAAAGCAACAUAUUCUGCGGUCGGGUUGCCUCUAUAUCCAAAGCUGACUUACAUUUUGGACGAGGAAGGUAAGGCGGUGAAAGACGGUGAGAGUGGAGAGCUGUUUGUCGGUGGGCCUCAGCUUGCUAGAGGCUACCUGAAUCUACCAGAGACAACUGCAAAAACCUUCAUUCCAGAUCCCUUUAACCCAGUAUCUGGUGCUCUUAUGAACAAAACCGGCGACCGGGCCCGUCGACUUCCGUCUGGAGUUCUAGAAAUUACGGGCCGCGUUGGCGCAAUGAUCAAACUGCGAGGAUACUCAGUCGUGCCCGCCAAGGUUGAAAACGACAUCAUCAAGCUCCUCGCUGUGAGUACUUGCGUGGUAAUUCCUCAUGGUGAAGGUUUAGAACGCCAAUUGGUUGCAUACAUUGUACGUGACAAGGAUCAUUCCCAAGAUCGUCUGGAGGUCGAGAUCAAUGAGGCUGGAAACAGUCCCGGUGCACGACGUGUACUGUCCUCGGUACUUGCCCAUUAUAUGAUUCCGGCCGUCUGGGUUGAGCUGGAUGAGCUGCCAACCAAUGAUGUAUCUGGAAAGGUUGAUCUCAAACGUCUUCCUCCGCCCCAUGCACCUAAACAGACCAAUGGAAUCGGGACCGUGCGUGAUUCCGUCUCCAUCGACGAUAUAGUCGCCCUUUGGGCGGUUGUCUUGAAGACUUCGAAAACACUCAUCACGCCAACCGACAACUUUUUUGACCUUGGAGGCCACUCGUUGUCGUUAGCGGAUCUAUCUUCGAGGCUUUCAAAGCAUUUUGGUUUCCGCGUGCCUAUCGCGCGCCUUGCGGAGGUUCCUACCUUGAAGGGGCAUCUCGAGGUAGUCCGCGACGUGCGUGACGGACACACUGCAGCCGUACAGGCAGAUCUGCCCGCUAUCCUUCGCGCAGAUUCUGCUCUUGGUGAUGACUUCCAACCCUCCAAUUUGAGGUUGUGCCCUGUCGACAAAGCCGAAAAUAUUCUCCUGACUGGUGUGACUGGCUUUUUGGGUCCCUUCUUGCUCCAUGACCUGCUUGAAAGCACUUCAGCUAAGAUCAUCUGUCUCGUGCGAUUCAACAACCCCGAUGAGGAGGAUACACCGGCAGGUGGAGCGAGAAUUCGUCGCAACCUGCUUGAAUUGGGAUUGUGGAAUGACUCCAUCAUGGAGCGAGUCGAGAUCCUCUCUGGCAAUCUGUCCAGGACUCGAUUUGGCCUUUCACCGGAAUCAUAUGAUCACCUUGCUUCACGCGUCCAGGUCAUUGUUCACGCCGCUGCGGCUGUGAAUCUUGUGUAUCCAUACGCUGCGUUGCGAAGUGCCAACGUUGGUGGAACCCGGGAAAUUCUCCGCCUUGCAUUGCACGCUGGGGCGACUGUCCAAUACGUUUCCACAAAUGGAGUUUUGCCUCCAUCUGAAGGAAAGGGCUGGGAUGAGGAUAAGUUCCUGACAAUUGACGAGGUCCCUGAGAAGCUGCUUGAUGGAUAUGGCCAAACUAAGUGGGUUGCGGAGCAACUUGUUCUCGAGGCUGGUCGUCGUGGACUUCCAGUGAAGAUUCAUCGAGCCGGUACAAUCAGUAGCCAUAGCGCAACAGGUGCUUGCAACCCUUGGGAUCUCUUAACGGCACUCAUAGUCGAGUCGAUUCAGAUCGGCUAUGCCCCUGACGUGAGUGGCUGGCGAGCAGAGAUGACCCCGGUCGACUUCACUAGCAAGGCUAUCGUUUACCUUGCCAACCGCGCCGACAUAGAUCAAACCGUCUUCCACCUCGGUGAUCCGAAUCCAGUCAAUAUCAGAUCUGUCUUUGACGAUCUUCGAGUACUUGGUUACCCCACUGAGCGGAUUAACUGGGAUGAUUGGGUUGCGCUUUGGACCGAGAAGAGAGGUUCCCUCCGAGGUGGUGAAGGAGCAUUUACAAUCGACAUUCUCCGCAGCGGAAUGCCUUCCAUUGAUUUCCUCGAGGGAAUUGUAGUGCUCGAUAAUGCGAAGACCAGGCCCUUCCGCAUCGCGGUGGAGAGACCUAAGGUUGAUAGCAUAUUGCUAGAGACUUACACUCGCCACUGGUUUGCGAGAGGAUGGCUUUCCCACCCUCCAACUCGAAACCUUGCUCUAGGCGGCUCCGCACAGCCCGCAAGAAGGGGACCACUCAGUGGAAAAGUGGCAGUAAUCACAGGCGCCUCAUCAGGUAUCGGUGCCGCCGUUGCAGUCGCACUAGCCAAAGAAGGCUGCCACGUCGCUCUCGGUGCGCGACGCGUCGAAGCGCUCGAAGCCGUAAAGCGAAAGAUGGUCGUCCGAGAAGGGAAAGUGCUAGUCAAGUCAACCGACGUGACAUCAAAAACCCAGGUCGAAGAUCUCAUCCGUGCGGCACGCGAUCGACUCGGCCCAGUCGAUAUCCUAGUCUCCUGCGCUGGCGUGAUGUACUUCACAAUGAUGGCAAACAACCACACAGAAGACUGGGAGCGAACAGUAGACGUGAACUGUAAAGGCCUCCUAAACUGUCUCUCAUCAACAGUGCCAAACAUGCUCUCCCAAGGCCGCGGCCACAUAGUCGCCAUCUCCUCGGACGCAGGCCGAAAGGUCUUCCCAGGUCUAGGUGUGUACUCGGCCAGCAAAUUCUUCGUCGAAGCAACGCUUCAAGCGCUCCGUCUCGAGACUGCUGGAACCGGGUUGCGGGUGACGAGUGUUCAGCCUGGUAACACCGCCACAGAACUCUUGGGCAUGUCUACUGAUGCUGAAGCUAUCAAGAAAUACGGCGAACCUACUGGUGCUAAGAUUCUUGAUCCGGAGGAUGUUGCUAAUUCUAUUGUUUAUGCUCUGCGUCAGCCGGAGCAUGUUUCUGUCAACGAGGUUCUUAUUGAGCCUAGAGAUGAGCCUAUCUAG